AUGGUAUCCAAAGGACAUGUCACACCCACAGCAAAGCUGAUCCUCAAACUGGAUAUCCUGAUUCUGGUCUUUGGCUGCCUUUCAUUCUUCACCAAGUACAUUGACCAGCAGGCGAUCACCAAUGCCUACGUAUCGGGAAUGAAAGAAGACUUCAAUCUACAUAGCAACGAAUUGAACUACAUAAGAGCGGUAUUCUGGGCCUCGUAUUACACCUCCAUAAUACCAGCCUGCUACUGGCUUACGCGCGCACGCGAAUCAACAUUGCGUUGCCGACCCUGGGAAUCGGAACGAAAUUGGAACGGGACUCUUCACAUUGGGCUGUGCCUGGGCGCAGAAUCUGAAUACGAUAUACGCGAUGCGCUUCUUAUCGGGAUCUACGAAUCUUGCUCCUUCACUGGCGUCAUCUAUGUCAACGGAUCGUGCCUAUAUCUCAAGGCUAAACCAGACAUUUACUCCGUCUCACGGGUGAACACCUUGCCGACAAUCGCAACGGCACUGUCCGUUGUAGUCGCGCUAGUAGCGGGUGUUACCGCCGAUCGUCUGCGAAAUUUCCGGAUUCAGUCCCGCCCUCGUUGGUGUUUCAUAUUCUGCUCGUUGUCGAUAAUGCUGGGGAAAGGGGCGACUGGUGGGGUUUAUCCUCACUGGAUUCGAAGCGCAGUUAGUCCGCUCAGUACGAGUUGGGCAACUAUCACCAUGGCCAAGGAUGCCGAGGAACGCGCUAUCAUCACGGCAAACAUGAAUGCGCUCGGCCAGGCCAUGGCAGUGUGGGAUACAGAUAUUUCAGUAUCCGGCUAUUUCUGCCCCGAACUUUCGAACGGGAUUCAUCUCGAAUCUGGCCACUAUUAUCGCACAAUUCUUGAGUACGGACUUGAGUACGGACUUGAGUACGGAAUUGACUCAUGA